AUGGAGCUCCGGGAGCAAGACACCCGUUUUCGAGUAACUUUACGUCUUACCGAGGGAAGUAAAUUGUCCCCCGGUCUACAAGGCAGUUUACACGUGCAACACUGGCGUCUCUGUUUGAUUGGGGAACCAUCUGCCGGGUGUAAAUUUAUUUGCGCCUGGCGGUUGGACACCAUCGACCAGGCGCAUACCAUGACCGCAGUUGGUGGUGGUGGCACGAGUGGCUUUCACUCCAGCAUCUCGGGUACUGCUGGGACCGGUUUGGGUGAUGCGUCCACCAGUGCUGGUAUGACCACAUCAUCCGCGACUGCUAGCACAAUCUCUGCUGGAUCGCGUAGCUCGUUUGCCAGCGACAGUAUAAGCACUAACACAAGUACGUCUGGGUCCCACCAUCGAGUUUCACUUGGCAAUUUAUCUGUGGUCGGUGCGUCUGGUUUGUCCACGACCGGCACUGUAACGGGUUCAGCUGGUCGAUGCGGGAUCGGUACAACGGCCAUCUCUACGGUGCGUCCAAAACACUUGCUAAUCCUCGAGGCGAAUCAAUCAGCCGGAAAAGGUCGCGGUACCCAUACUUUUGAAUUGGAUGGUGGAUCACUCCCCGAACUGACCUUGGCUAUAGAACAACUCAUGGCACUACGUUACAACCCGCUCGGCCCAGUGGGUCGCACCCCGGUUCCGACUCAGUCGCAUACUCAAUUAUGCAUGCGUCCGGCUCCAAGCGAACAAUUAAGUAUGUUAUCCGGCCAAGCUAGGGACAAUGGAAACACCUCCAUCCCUGAUGCGAGUCAGUCCAAAGAUGUCGGUUUGGCUUCUUCAUCCUACUCUUCCGAUGCCAGUGGUAGCCGCCAUUCCAUUUCCCCCGCGCAGCGUUUCUCUCUAAUGAUCAAAUCUGGCGAACCUAACCUUUCUUCACCUCGAAGACACAGUCCUCUAACCAUGGCUGCCCCAGCACCCUCACCCGGUACGGUUGCCGUUGCACCGCCAACAGCAUCGACAACCACGGCUCCUGUUGAUGUGACCCAUCAAUCAACUCGUUUCUACGGUCAGUCUGUACCGGUUACCGCUUCCAGUCGUUCUCAGUACUACAACCUAUCCCGACCGUAUUCAAAUCUUAUAUCUUCCUCGUCCUCCUUGUCCCCACCUGAGGGUUUACCCGCUGGGUUACGAAAACAUUUGGAUAGCAAUAAGUCCAAACGCUCUGUCCGUCGAUCGGUUCCCGGUUUUCCGGAUCAGUCUCGAACUGGCGCCGCUUUGUCUGGCACAGUCGGAAUGCGAUCCUCGGCCAUGCACUUUGCACAACAACCUGGAGACUCGUUGAUUGCUCGAAGUGCUAGUCCACAGGAGAGUGAAUCACUUCUGACCGAUGAAGUGGAGCGGAAUUUGUCCCAAUCCGUAUUUGUCAGCUCCCAGUUCGGUCGUGGUUGUACUGGAUUUCCGCCACAUUCACAAUUCAUGCAGCCGAUCUGGAGUGGUGGUGGUAGCAGUAGUCGACGCUCGGACGACAUCUAUACUUCUGGAAGACCUGGAGCCGGUUACGGAGNCGGAGAUUUAUCCGAUGGCAUCCUGCUUCUGGGUGAGGAACAUCAACCGAACGUGGCUCAUGUGGCCUCCGGAGUGAUCAUUUCAAAAAAUCCACUGAAUCCGCAUUCAAUGGCUCGGUCCUCUGUCGGACCGUGCGGAAACGGAAGUAGCCGGCGCCAUACUGCUACCACUGCCGCACCGCCUCUCCCACCUCCUUUGAAAGACUCAGCUCGCGCCAGACAUGAAGCUCGUACCUCGCAACUGUACCAAACAUUACCAGCCAACAUCCCGUCAACUGACACGCCUGUAGUUAACGGACCCCAUGUACUUGAUGAAAUUGAUGAUCCCGAAACCAGCUCUGCUUGGCCCACCUCUGGAGCAUCUCGCGUCCUACUUUCCGAUCUGGCUUCUCGGCUAGAACCUAGCCCAUCUAAGACAGUUGGUCCGAGUGCUGGCUUGCGACAUGCGAGUGCUCCAUCUCGUUGUGCUUGUAAUCCCAAGUCCCGUGAAGUCUUGGAACGGAAAGAUUAUCGGGUAUACCGACAUCGUUGCCGUCAGUAUCGAGUCUGCAUGUGCUCCGUGCUUCAAACCCGUUCCCUGUCUUCAGAUGCAAGCCUUGUACUCGAGUUGGGCGCUGAGUUAUACUCAAAUCAUCACCCACAUCGGCAUCAUCGAUCCCGACACCCCCCUCCAUUCCAAACGAGUCCUGCUGGGGAUGGCGGUGGUCGUCUCGAACACGGUGUGCACUCGUGGGAAGACGUAGGACCAGAUCGAGACGUAUGCACAUCGACCGGUGGCCAGUGGGAGGCACCAUCAGUCGACUCCGCUCGUGUAACCGCUGGCGAUACUCUGUCGGACACAGCAGGUUGUUUCACCGUAAACAUUCAAAGAGUCACGAUUAUCUACCCAACGACUUUGCGGGCAGGGAAAAAUUCGAAACCAGCACUCACCCUGUUUCCGUCUCAGUCACCGAAGGGUCGAUCCCNGUUCGCCGUGUUUCCGCCGUAUAUGCUUGCCCGAUAUCUGUGCUCCUAUUGUCGUAAGCGUGCACUUCGCUUGCGACCAAAUGCCACCACCGCUACCAGCACAACUGUUGUUGCAGUACCCGCGAAACACUCACGACGAUGUGUGUUCCGUUACUUCACACAACCGGCUUUGAUAGGUUCCACCAAUACGACCACCACCACCUCAUCUUCAUCGUCGGUUUUGUUGAAUCUCAAGCAUUUACUUCAGCUGCAUCGACGCACACGAGAACCGAAACGGUCCACAGUAUCUUCAGGUGAAAGACUUGAAUCGUCUUCAUCCCCGGCACCUCCUGCCAAUCGAUCUCGUACACGGUCGGAAAUGGGGCGCGUGGAUCCUGUCGAUGAACGUAGUGGAUGUGCCUCAGACCAGAGGCAUCCUCCAAGCGACGGGCCGAUCAUAUCACGUCCCGGUGCUUGCCAACUUCCUGCUACCGCCACCUCCGCAUCCUCCUCCCCCAAGCACAAUCGUUGGCGUUGCGAGCAUCACUCUCGUUCGUUGCACUCGGUAGUUUUGGCUUGUUCGGAGCCUUCCGUGUCCUGUUCCUUUUGGCCCGUGGUGCUCGAUACCCGAUCCCAUCAUUCCUCUCUCUCAUCCCUACUCACUUGUCGGUCGUUUUCUGCCUCAAGCUCGCUAUCCGCCUGUCAUCAAGCCCCACUCUCCACAGGUGAUUCUGCUAUGCCCUCCUCACAGCGGAAAUCCGAUGGAAAGACUGCGGUUGUGCAACCCGGUCAGGCGGUAAACGAAUCAACCGUCCUGCCUCGCGGUUCCGUCGACCUAAUCGCGGAAACCCGAAGUUGUUCAUUGUGUGACACAGAUGACCUCUCGUCCGGGUCCGUAUGCGACGAGUGCUGUUUUGCUCACGAACAUUCCCGAAUCGAUUCGUCUGGAUCACGAACUGGGAAUGCUGUAAAUGAGCGAACACAUCCACCACCUCACCACAAUCUGUUUGUGGAUUGCUGUUCCCCCGGACAAGGUAGUGGCCUUCCAACCGGUAUGAGUUCUGAUCCACAUUCCUCAAUUUAUCCCGACAGUGGUUCGGCGUACCCCAAUUCUCAGCACCCGGGUGACAUGGAAAAGCCUACCAAUACGGAUCGUCGGACCCUUUCUUUGUGCAAUCCAACAGAGCCGGGGACAUUGCACCCACAUCCACUAACCUCUCCGAGUGAUUCGUCCCGUUUAGAUAAGUUCUACACUCCCCCGGCUGCGCACCAUUCAAUGACCUACUGUCAAAGGGCUAGCACUUUGCCUAGUACGAAAGUUCUUCUACGUAGUCGAUCUGACCGGACUGACGUGACCAAUCCUGGUGGACAUCAUGACUCGGUUGACGAAGUCGAACUGGAAGAAGCGGAGGAUGAGCUUCUGGAUGGUUUGAUGCGUCGAGCCGGUGCACCACAACCUCAUUCUACUCGAUCCAUAGCCAGUGCUGGCGGUGGGUCGUCCGGACUAGAUCGUCUGUUGAAUCGGGCUGGUUCUGCCUCUGUCGGUACCCGGAGAUACACGCGGUACAACACAAUGGCUUCGAGCAGCAGUAAUAGUAUUGCAUCUGCUUGUCCCGCUGUUGGAUUGGGGAGCUGCGGACGAAAACUGUCUUCUCAGUCGGAUGCUGGCGUCGUCGGUCAUCUCGUUGAUGACGUGGUGGGCAAGUUCACGCCGGUCGACCGUUUGACCACCGAAAUGCCGACCUAUUGCAACCUAAUGACCGGGCAGCGUGGAAUCAGCCCAGAUGUGCACACCAGCGAGCUUACCUCGUGCAAACCCGGCCUCAGUCCACUGACCACGAUUGACACCGACAUUAAAUCCAACACUGACAAUUGUUACAUCAAUCUACCAUCAAACUGGCCCAAUCCGGCGAGUGCUGCACAUUCCCCACACAACCCUUCUUCCACCGCAUCCACACUCUCUAAUUCCGUCACCACUUCAUCCACUGCGACCACUUCGCUAACGGCCAGAUUCAAGCAUCUGGUCCAUUCUCUCCACCAUCCAAGCGGUAGCAGCAGUAGUAGUGGCGGUGGUGGAAGUGUCGGCAAUACUGGUGUUGGUGGUGCGGGCUCGGGGUCGAUCGGUGCCAGUUCAGACUCGCGAACGUCGUCUAAGGGCUCCGAGGUGAGUAUCCGUGCUCCCGGUAGUCGUGGUAAGGGACGAGCCAACCGAAUCAGUUUGGAUACAACCACCAGUUCAAUAACUCCGAAAUCAAGCGGACCGUCCACGACUGGCCAAUCAACUGCAUCCAUCGGUGGUCUAACGACAAACUUGUUCUCAGUACCGGCAGAGGUACGAGACCCUAGUCGGAAUUACGCCAUUGUAGACCUGCGACCCAGUCCUGCCAGUUCUGUAAAUGCCAAUACUGAGCUCAGCCUUGGCGCUUCCUAUCAUCAGUUACCCACAUCCCGGGUCGAAGAGACAACGUCUGCCGGCUCUUCUGCUGCCAGCAUCUUGGGAUUCUCAACCAGCACGAAUUCGCACAGUUCUAGCAGUGGUCUAGGUGGCUUGGCCUCGCAUUCUAUCACUCCACCCCUAGCUCCCGCCAGCAGUGCAUCCUUUGGGGAAAUCUUCACCAGUCGAUCAAUGACAUCGUCAGCCACCUCAUCUGGUGAAGGUGGAAAUCCAGCUGUUGAUGCCGGAUUCCAAAGUUAUUCUCCCCCGGAUACAGACGCGGUCGCAUAUACUCUGAUCGACUUUACUCGUACUAUGGCCCUGGGUGAACUAAGUGGUGAUAUGGUCGAGCAACAACAGCAUCAACACGAGCAACAGCAUGGCUCUACGACCUCAUCAAAAAUCACCACGACAAAUACUCAUUUCCGAUGGUCCCAGCACAAACCAACCGUAGACCGGUCUACUUCGGUUCGAAAGAGUCUAUCUCGUUCUAUUCGAUCAAUUCGUCGUGGGAAUCAGAAAAAAACAGGUGUGUUUUUAAAUAACAAUAGUUGA